GGUUGAAGACUGCGUCGAUCGAAUCAAAUUCUAUGGAUGCGAUAAAAUUUGAUCAACGGUGAAAAAGUUGCCAAAAUAAAGCUGCAAUUUCUUCGAUUGGUGACAUCAGAUCUCUAGCAACUUCCUUUCAAGCAUAAUCCUUUAAAUAUGUCUGCAGGGACUUUAAUGGGAUUUUCCGAUCAUCUUGCUAGAGAGUUGUUAGGAUGGGAAGACCAUUUCUUUGAUUGUUCGAUUUUCCUAGAAUAAAUAAAGUCAAACGAUUUUAUUUAAAUCAUUAAUCAACUAAAAUUAUUAUUUCAACAAAAUUUUAGUCUUUCUUGCAGAAAAUGCCCAACAAAAUCUGAAAUUAGAGUUGUGGCCCUUUCUUGCGUGCAAAGUAACACGGCCCUGCCCUCCGCCUCUCUUUUUUUUCCCUUGUAUCGCUUUACGCCAAAAAACAGAAACGAUGGUUCCGGGUGCUCCGAGCAUCGCUCGACUCCGCUCACCGAAUCCGCUCCUCCCUGCGGCUGCGCCGCCGUCGACGGCAGUCUCCGUACGGUGCAAGGAUGUGGUUCUGAAAAGAUGUUCCAAGCCCAGCCAAGUAGCUAUGCCCCAAUGUCCUCGAUUGGGUUAUGCUAAUAUGGGCAGAGAACUUAAGUUAUCUAUUAGAAAUGCUAAACAGGAAUCUGGUCAGGAACUGACAUUUUUUUCUUCUAGAGGAACGCCAAUAUCGCACCUUUCUGCAGCGUCAUCCCCACAUCUGUCCGGAGAACAAGGCAGUCUAUUUCACAAACUUCCACUCUUACCUCCACGAAAUUCUGCUUCAAAGAGUCCUCAAGCAUUCAGAGAUGACUCUUACCGUACAAAACUCUACUCUACGGUAAAGACAAAACCAGAAUGGUGGUGGAGGACUUUGGCUUGUGUUCCAUAUUUGAUGGCUUUGCAGAUGUCUAAUACAGCAUAUUAUCUCCUGCCCUUGCUGGAACACUUGGACAUUGAUAAUUUAAUAUUUUACGUCCCUGGAUCUGUUCAAAAUUUACCAUGGUGGUUUCCGAUGCUGUACUUCAACCUCGCAUACUUUGGAGUCGUGAGGAAUAAAGAUUGGCCACAUUUCUUAAGAUUCCAUGUGAUGAUGGGGAUGUUGUUAGAAACAGCGCUCAACAUCGUAUGGUGCACGAGCAAUUUUCUGCCACUUAUACAUUACAAUGGUACAUAUGCUAUGCAAUACUGGGCAGCAGUGGGGUUCGUCUACAUUUCCAUCUUGCUGGUGUGCAUAAGGAGUUCUCUCUUGGGCACUUAUGCCAGAAUACCAUUCAUUUUCGAUAACGCACUUAUCCAUACUUUUUUCAGUAUAGGGCGAUACUAUCGGCCGUUCUAGACUGCAGCAACAUAUGUUAUAUGAGUUAGAAGAGUCCUAGAGGUAGAGGAUCAAAGACCAGAGCAUCUUGAUCUGAUGUUGUUUUGGGAUUGUUAUUGUUGAGUAUACUUAUGUUAGCAAAACUGGGGCUUAAGAUCCUAUAGCUCUUUUAACAACCCAGACUGAGACUGCCAUUUUUUUAUGGCUUUAAUUAGUGGUCAUCAAAAUACUCUCGAAGUAAUUUUUUUCUGUUUAGAAUGACAUACUGCAGAAUUGAUCUAUGUUUAGGGAGCAGGGAACUUAUUGAAUUCCUGUAGUUUGUAUAAGUUCUGUGACUUUCAAGGGUUCUCAGCGGAAAAGUUUGCUUGUGAA